UUUUGGUGUCCACUUUUGCCAUUUUAAAUAAUACCAUAACUUUUGGCUUACUAUGUAGUCAUAUAAUAUAUAAUAUAAAACUCUUCUUGUUUUAAAUUCUCACUGAGGGCUAAAACCCCCUAAAGAUAAAACCCUAGAACCGCUCAUGAUCAGACUAAACUAAAGAGAAAGUAAACACUUCCUUCAGUCAUGGUGAUGCUGUAAUAUAACCAAACAGAUGGCAGCAGGACAUUAAAUUCACACUGGAAAUGUUCUUCUGUCUCUGAGAAAAUCUGCCAACACUCCACAAGAGUCUUCCAGACAUCAUGUCCCUCCUUUAUAUUUCCAUCUUAUGGCUCUGUGCCUGUGUGGACAGUGCAGAAUCUCUGGUUACUGUAUCAGCUGCAGAGGGUUCCACAGUCAUCCUGCCGUGUAAACUGACUGAAGAGUUAAAACCAACAUCAGUUAUUAGGUGGCAGAUCAAUAAAGUCAUUGUGUUUGAGAGAAGCAGUAAUGGUACAUAUUCAGGUUCAGGAUAUGAAGGACGUGUGGAUGUUCCUGUGGACGAGCUGCGUAAAGGAAACUGUUCCCUGGUGAUGAAGACCGUCAGAUUUACUGAUGACGGUUUUUACAAAACCUUUACAAUGGAACAUGUGGACAUUAACACUGCAGGACCGAAAGAAAUUAACAAUGUUACACUCUCAGUCUAUGGUCUUCAGAUAUCAGCUUCAGUGGGUUCCACAGUUGUCCUCCCGUGUGAUUGGAGUCAUCUUUUCAUCAAAACUCCUUACGUUAAGUGGUUUAUCAAUAAGAAGACCGUGUUUGAGCGAAAGGGUAAAGAUUCAUAUCAGGGUGAAGGAUAUGAGGGUCGUGUGGACGUUCCUGAGGAUGGGCUGCUUAAAGGAAACUGUUCCCUGGUGAUGAAGAACAUCAGUGUUAGUGAUACAGAAAUCUACAUCAGCGCCAUGUUAAUUACAGACACACAGGAAUCUGUCUUGGUCCAGAAGGUUAAACUGUCAGUUGUUGAGAACAGUGUUAAUGAGAGAGGAUCAGAUGAUACAGACUCACACCAGACUGGAGGGAACAACUGGAUUAUUUUAUAUGUUGGGAUCGUAAUCAUCAUCAUCAUCAUCAUCUGUGUGUCUGUGUACUACAGCAGGGUGAAAGUAUCUUCAUGUCUCAGACAUGCCACAAAUACAGUGAACAGGAUGGAAACGGACAUCAUCACAGUGAUCAUCUUAAACUUCAUCCCUGCACCACUGAGCUGACGUUCAUCUUUGGAGCUUCAUCACCAUGUCAGGAUCUUCUGAUUUACUGCAGAGUGUUCCAUUGCAAUUAACCACCUUAAAUACCUUUUCUCAUGAUUGGAUUCACCUGCCUAUGAAGUUCAAGGCUUAAUGAGCUCACCAAACCAAUUGUGUGUUCCAAUUAAUCACUGCUAACUAGUUACAGAUAUUCAAAUCAAUGUCUGGACUCAGCCCGGACUUUUGGCCACGUGCCUUUUGUUUAUCUCUCUGGUGUCUGCCCCGCCUUCGUCUGCCCCUCCCUGUCUCCACACCUGAUCCUUAUUGUGUCAUCAUUGUCUUUUUAUAUUUAAGUGAGCGGAAUCAUUAGUUACGUUUACCCCUUCGUUAUGUCUAGUCUUUGUUAAGUGUCGUCAUUUGUAUUGCUUUUGUUAUCGUCUUUUUGUCUUUAUCUUCAUUAUUUAUUAAUAGGGGUGUAGAAAAUAUCAAUACACAUGAGUAUCGUGAUAUUUUGUUUGGCUAUAUUGUAUCGAUUCUCAAAAACAAAAUAUCGAUAUUUCUAAAAAAAAAAAAUUAUACAGAUUCAUGGCAGUUUCAUUUUGUUCCGUUUGUAUCCCAACCGCUAGAUUGCAGUCUUCUUAUCUCUGAACUUAAACAGUGACAGGAAGUAACACGUUAAUGGAGAUUUAGGAUAGCUCCUCCCCUGCGAAAAUACGGACGUACUCACAAACGUUUCACUUACAACGGUUUAUUCCUCCGUACACAGGAAAAACCUCCGUAAUAACAUGUUACUAAAACAAAAAAUACUUAUUAGUAUGAGAAAAUGAAAAUAAAAGAGAAUAUCGGUUGCAGCAUCAGACUUCCACACACGUGCUGUUAUAACUGAAGCGUGCACACUUUUGCGCAUGCGCACAUCCAACUAGUAUAACAGUAAUAAAGCAACGGCACAUUGCUCUUAAAGGGGUAGCACCACUCCACUCGUUACAAAGUACUAGCAUAACGGCGCGCUACUAAUGUUAACGUUAAAAUAGUUCGCUAUAUAUAUGAAGAUGCGCAUAGAAGUGCCCUGACAUCUGAGCAUAUUGACCAGUUUAUCUUUCUUCAGAAAAACCUUGACAUUAAAUAAAAAGACAAAUAUAAAUACAAAUCAAAGAAACCUGUAAAAUCCAAGUUUAAAGGUUCUGAGAAUGUUCAACAUCUGUAAAUAUUUUAUUGUUUAUAUUUGUUUUGUUUUCUUUAGGAAUCCUCCAAGCACUUAAUUUUUUCAUUGAUAUUAAGCAGGGUCUAAAAAUAUAUAUGGUCUGUUUAUAACAGCUAACAUUUAAUACAUUUAAUUUAACACAUUUAAUACAUGUAAGAAAUGUACUUUUUUCCCCCUUUAUUCAUACUGCACAUAAAGUGGUUUAAUCAUAUUGAAUGUUACAGGGGCUAAUUAAUGCAAAUGCAGUUCCCACUGUGUUCUGUUUAAAUAAGAUUUUUUUGUUCUAAGGUUUGCAUAUGCUGGUGUUCUUAACAGCUUCCCUAAAACUUUAUCCUAUAAUUAAAAUAAGAAAUAUCCCAAUCUAUCGCCUUGCUUACAAUAUCGCAAUGUAUCGCAACAUAUCGUAUCGCAACCCCGUAUUGUGAUUCGUAUCGCCAGAUUCUUGCCAAUACACAGCCCUAUUUAUUAAACCCCUUUCAUUUGAAGCUAUCCUG